AUGUCGACUCCCGCAUUCCCCCCCGGCGGCACCAUUGUCCAGUCCUUCAAGGCCACCUUCAAGGAUGUGCCCGUGGACGCUGAGAAGGAGAACGCCAUUGGCACCACCGAGUUCCUCGACGCUGCCGAGUCGCUGACCACCAUCUUUGACGUCCUCGGUGGUGUCGCCUUCUCCCCCGUCAAGAACGACAUCCUCGGCAACGUCAAGAAACUCCGUGAGCGUCAGCUCGCUGCCCCCGCCGAGUCCACCACGAUCCAGGAUCUUGUCAAGAACGAGCUCGCCACCAAGAAGCACGUUGCCACAGAGGGUCUCCUCUGGCUCGUCCGUGGUCUCGAGUUCACCUGCAUCGGCCUAAGCUCCAACGUGGCCAAGGAGUCCGAGGAGCUUGCCGACUCCUUCCGCGCCGCCUACGGCACCACCCUCAAGCCCCACCACAGCUUCCUCGUCAAGCCUGUCUUCAGCGCCGCCAUGAGCGCCUGCCCCUACCGUGCUGACUUCUACGCCAAGCUCGGUGACGACCAGGAAAAGGUCAAGGCCGAGCUGAGGUCCUACCUCUUGGACCUCGAGAAGAUUGUCGGUAUCCUCAAAGGUUUCGUCACCAGCAAGGAUGCCAAGUGGUAA